GCCCGUCCCGGUGCCCGGUCCCGGCGCUCCGUGGAGCGCCGCGCGAGGCGCGGGGCUGAGCUCCGCUCCGCCGCGUUCCUGCUCCGCCGCGCAGCAGCCUGGCUCCGCCCCGGCGGGGAUGCCCGCCGGUGGGGUGUAGAGGAGCGCCCCGGUGCCCCGGGAGGAUGUCGGGGAGCGGCGGAGCGCUGCUGCUGGUGCUGCUGCUGGCGCUGCUCGGUGCCCCGGGGGGCGCGCAGCCGGCGGGGGAAGCCGCCUGCCGCUCCGUCCGCACCGCCUUCCAGGUGCUGCAGCCCGGGGCCAAGUGGGUGCCCGAGAGCCCCGUGCCAGGGUCUGAUCUGCAAGUAUGUAUCCCAAAGGGCUCCACGUGCUGCUCGAGGAAGAUGGAGGAGAAGUACCAGGCAACAGCCCGCCUGAACAUGGAGCAGCUCCUGCAGUCUGCCAGCAUGGAGCUGAAGUUCCUUGUCAUCCAGAACGCUGCGGUCUUCCAAGAAGCCUUUGAAAUUGUAGUACGGCAUGCGAGAAACUUCACCAACAGCAUGUUUAGGACCCAGUACCAGAGCAUGGGGCCCAGAGCUCUUACGUUUGUUGGAGAACUCUUUACUGACGUCUCACUGUACAUAUUAGGCUCUGACAUCAGUGUUAAUGACAUGAUAAACGAGUUUUUUGACAGUUUAUUCCCUUUGGUUUACUCUCACUUGAUUAAUCCCGGCUUCCCCGAUCCCUCCGUGGAGGUGACUGAAUGCCUGCGGGCAGCCAGGAGAGACCUCAAAGUCUUUGGGAACUACCCGAAGAUGAUGAUGACGCAGGUGUCCAAGUCACUGCAGGCUACGCGAGUCUUUCUGCAGGCGCUCAACCUGGGGAUCGAGGUGAUAAACACUACUGACCACCUAAAAUUCAGCAAGGACUGUGGGCGAGCGCUGCUGAAGAUGUGGUACUGCUCACACUGCCAGGGGCUCCUCCUGGCCAAGCCCUGUGCCACCUACUGCGGGGUGGUGAUGCAAGGAUGCUUGGCGGGCGUCGCAGAGAUCCAUAACCACUGGCAAGAGUACAUCGGGUCUCUGGAGGGGCUGACCAAAGGCAUGCACGGCAUCUAUGACAUGGAGCAUGUCCUCCUGAACCUGUUCUCCUUGGUGCAGGAUGCGAUCGUCUACGUGCAGAAGAAUGAAGGAAAGCUCUCAACAGCUAUCAGCCGGUUGUGUGGCCACACUCAGCAGAGGCAGUAUCGAUCGGCUAAUUACCCCGAAGACCUUUUCAUUGACAAGAAGGUCAUGAAGGUGACUCAUGUUGAGCAAGAAGAAACUUUGUCGAGCAGGAGGAGGGAACUCAUUACGAAGCUGAAGUUCCACAGCAGUUUUUACAGCAGCUUGCCAGAAUACAUCUGCAACCACAGCUCUGCUGUUCAGAACGACACUCUUUGCUGGAACGGACAAGAAGUCGUGGAGAGGUACAGUCCCCAGAUCACAAGGAAUGGAGCAAAAGCUCAGCCUGGCAACCAUGAGGUGAAGAUGAAAGGUCCCGAGCCAGUGAUCAGCCAGAUUAUUGACAAGCUGAAACACAUCAACCAGCUGCUCAAAGGGAUGGCUUUGCCCCACCGAAAAGCUCCAGGAAAAACCCCAGAGGAGGAGGAGGAGAGUGGAGACUGCGACGAUGAAGAUGACUGUGGCGGAGGCUCUGGGGAUGGAGAGCUGCGAGUGAGGAACCAGCUCCGGUUCUUAGCAGAGCUGGCAUACGACCUGGAUAUGGACGACACCUCCGCAAACAAGCAGCUUCUGAAUCAGCAAAGCAAAGACGACACUGCGGUCCCCAGCAGUGACCCCGGGAGCGCAGCCCCCCACCCCAGCCCUGCCGCUGCCAUUGCCCUGGUCCUGCUGCUGCUGCUGGGACACCGGCCGUGAGCGGUGCCGAUGGCAUCGCUCUGUGUCUCUCCAUGACUUUUUUAAAUGAGGAAGACAUUGAGAACCUCUUCUGAAAUAUAUGCACAUUUCCAAAGACAGGGCAAAUAAGACUUGAGUCAGUUUUAUAAAAGAAUAUGGUAUCUUCACACAAAAAACUCCCUAGAAAAGCGUUUGUUCAUGGUAAACUAGUAAAUACAUAACAGUGCUUUUUAAAGAUAAUAAUCGUUUAAUAUGACAAGGUUUGUUUUAAAUUGUGUUCCUUGCAGUUUUUGAAGUCUGAGGUCUCCCUUGCUGUUAAGUUGAAGACUGUAUUUCAACUUGAGUUGUUCAAAUGUGCAUGGGGUACAGAAAACCUAUGAUUUAUGAAAUACUCUCAGCAAGAUCAGACCUCUGAUCUUAGUUGACUUAAUACAGAUUUUGUCUGUAGUUCAGGCGGGUUUUGUACUAACUACAAAUUUGAGGCUUACCCCUAGGAAUCUGGCCAGGCACAUAAUACGGAGCGUGUGUGAAGACGGGAGAGAGAAGGUCAGACAUAUAGCAGGAGGAAAGGUGCUGCAGAAGAGGAGUUGUCAUGCACUGGGAUUGUUGUGAAGAUGUGUUCCCAUGGGCACAGAGCACAUUUGCAUCAUGGCAAGUUGCAGGUGAUUUUGCUGCUUGCCUCCCACCCAGGUUCUGCAAAGCCCUUCAGUGCAGGUGGCCAGUCCUCACCAGCGUCCUCGUGGUGGAUCUGGGCUAAGCCCUGCUGCGACCUGCUGGUUGAUGGUUGGAGGGCUAUCCUCUGGGUUUCAGACACCUCAUAUCCCAUCUACAUUGGGGUGAGCACUGGAGCCAUACGGUAUUCCCGUAAUGCAAUGCCCUGGUUUUAAUCUUCAGAAGUGAAGCACCUCGUUUCCCACUGGAAAUCUGCAAACACAGCUCCAGCCAAAGGACAGGCAGCGUGGAUGCACACACUGUGCUUGACAGGGACGUGUAACAGGCAUCCAACGCAUUGUGCUACGAGGGGGGAAAAGAAGAGGAUUGGCAGGAACCUGAGGCAGAUGAGACUCUUACGUGUUUCUUUGCAUGUUACUUUACUUAAGCUAUCUCUAAAAUAAAGAUGGUUGCUCUAUAAACAGUG